AUGUAUUCUUACUUGCGGAAAUUCGAUCCUAUCCGAGAUGGACAAUUUAGGAUCCAAAUAGCGGAUAUGUCAGCCGAAAUGCAACAAGAAGCGCUGAAUUCAGCCAAUUAUGGAAUGUGUCAUUUUGCCGUUGAGAAAGAUAUUGCUGCCCAUAUAAAGAAGGACUUCGACAAGAGGUUCGGAACUUCGUGGCAUUGCGUUGUGGGAAAAAAUUUUGGAAGACACUAUGCCACAGUGAGUGAUCACAAAGCUAUCAUUAAGACCGCCGAUAUGACGGAUAGGAUGCAGCAAACAGCUGUAGACACUGCUUCAGACGCCAUGAGUCGACAUGAUAUUGAAAAGGACAUCGCUGCCUACCUCAAAAAAGAAUUCGACCAACUUUAUGGACCAACAUGGCACUGCAUUGUUGGUCGAAACUUUGGCAGCUAUGUUACACACGAAGCAAAACAUUUUAUCUACUUCUACAUGGGAACCCUAGCUAUAAUUCUUUUCAAAUCCGGUUAA